GCCUACUCCGUCGUCGUUCGAACGGCAAGCAGUCACCGUCUGCGGAUCGAUUGUUCGGUUGCGUACAGGCAUAGUCUCGUUGGAAAGUGUGGAGAGCGCGAGCGAGCGAGAGACUUCGCAAGCCGUCUGGCAGUGUGUUAUGGUGGCCCGCAGCAGACGGUGCACUCGACUACCGCCGCCGUGAACAAGUGUGUAACAAGUGAUGCUCCGUGCCGGCGAACUGGUGCGUGCCGUCACCUGGACGACGGCGCUCUUCGCCGCCGUCGGCGCCGUCCUCCAGCUCCCCAAUACCACCGGCAUCGACGGACAACUCACCGCCAAUCUCAAAGUCGACCACUUUUUUUCCCUAUGGUUGGUCUUCAACAAUGAAAACGUCAAAAUGUCAGACGAGCCGUUUACGAUCUUCGCUCCGCAGAAUUCUGCCACGAAACGAGCUGAAAAUUUGCUGCAGCAGCCCGAACUUGUAAAGAAACUUCUGCUCGACCACGUGGUGCUUAAGCAGAGAUUAGAUCUGACGAACGUCACCGAUAUUUCUUUUAAAACUCUCGGUGGACGGAUGGUGCAUGUAAAGGCGACAAAAGAUGGAAAGUUGAAAGCUAACGAUGUUUACGUGGUAGAAAGAAAAGUGGUCGUUCCGAACGGUUUGCUGGUCGUGCUCGACAACUACCUCUUCUCAGACGAGCACCCGACGACGAAGAAGAAUGCGACGCAAGCCAAAGUGGUGGAUAUUGCCCCAAUAUCGGUCGUUGCAGGCAAAAAUCAAUCGAACGUCACCUUCGUGGAAAACAUAAUGGAAGUACUGUCGUUCUUGAAGAGCGGCGUGCGAGUUUUCCAGCAUUUCCUUUCCAGAUCGAACGUAUCCAAGUUGCUCGAAGAGGGUGAGGAAUAUACAGUGUUCGUGCCGACCGAUCACGCUUUUCAACGAUGGCAUCCGAUUGAUUGGGGAUUUUACCCUUUCAGCGUGCCGGAAUUCACCGAGAGCAUAAUAACCAAUCACUUCGUCAAAGGUAGAUUGAAACAAGACAUUAUUAAGGACGGCCAAACCGUGAAAACAAUUGGCGGACGCGAAAUCCUUUUUAAGAAGACUCCAAAUUUGACUGUAAAUGGAGCCAUGGUGGUAACGGGAGAUACGCCAGUCUCAAAAGGCAACAUCAUGUUUAUCGGUGAAGUACUUUUUGUAAGCGAAUCUGUGGUUUCUAAACUUCAUCAGCAGCAUAGAGAUAAGGAAACACCACCUCUACUCGCUUUUCCGUGGUUUGGAGCCCAAUUUUUAUCACAUGCAUUUUUGGCACUCGAAAGAGAUAAAAGAUUUUCUCAUAUCACGAGAUUUUUAAAUCUGGCCGAUCUGGCUCCCCACGUUUCAGGUACUGGAUAUACAUUUUUCGUACCUACCGACACAGCUUUUGAGAAGUUGGGUCUGGACAAAAUGCCUGACAAUUAUUUAUCCACCGGGGACGGUUUACAAAUACUAUUAAAUCAUUUUGUCAAAGGAAGACUUUAUGAUAAGGAUUUAAAGAACGAUGAAAAGCUGAACUCUUUAGGAAACAAAACUAUUGUUAUAAAAAGAGACAAAGAAAAUGUUACAGUUAAUGAGGCAACAAUAGUAGAAAGCGAGGUGUUCGUUUACAAUCUUGGGACAAUGUUCUACAUAGAUACAGUUUUAUUCACCAACUUGAAUGCUUUGCCGCCUACCACUCCAGAAACGACAACCGUUGAAAAAGCUACAGUGAUGACCACCACACCUUCUGCUGUUGAAAAAUUGCCAAGUGAAUUGACUGAAGAGACUGGUUCCAUGCCUGAUGUUCUAUUUGCGGACGCUACCGAUUCCAGCAAUGAUACAGAAGUAAAAUCCACAGCAAAAGAUACGAUUAUUAAGUAAAAAAAAAUUGCGGACAUAAAUAAUUUUGUAUUUUAUGUUUAAAUUUAUUUGAACUGCUGCGCAACAAAUAAAAAACAUAUUUUAGUGAUUUAAUUUUUUAUACGUUUGUACAAAAAUUAUUUUAAAAUGCAUUUCAAAAUAUCUAUAUGUAGGUAUAAAUAUAAAGUAUACUAAUAAAAUGUGUAUAGAAUAUAAAACAAUAUAAAGUCCAUAUCAUUUUAAUUAAUUAAGAGCUUUCAUUGUGCACAAAACAAUUAAUAAAAUUUUAAAUGCCAAAAAAUAAUUCCCAAUAACGGAAUUAUGUUUCAAAUGUUUUAACGUUAAAUGUCAUAACUUGUUAACUAUGGGACAGAAUGAAAUUGUCUUUAUUUGGUAUACCAAUAUUAUUAUAGAAAUAUGUAUAAAUAACUAUGUGUAUAUAGUCAUAUAAAUAUUUAUGUAUUUAGUUUUAAAUAGAAAAAUUGACUGAUGAAUGUUAGCGAGCGAUUCGUAAAUAUUUUGCGAAUUGGUUUAUAUUUCUAUAAAAAUUUAAAUAAAUCUGUUUACAUAGUAAAUAGAUCAAUGUUGUGUAUUACUGGAAGCUUUAUCAUAACAAAAACUACUAUUUUUAGUUUUGGUAACUGUUUAUAAUUUCCAUUACUAGUUUGCUUUAACAGAUUAAAAUUUGUAAUUUUAUUUUCGAAAAGGGCAGUUAUUACUUUCUUGGUAAAAAAAGCUGUUUUUAUAGUUUACAACUAAAUCAAUAAAUUGUAAAACUAUAUUGUUAAUAAAUGGAUUUCCUCC